AUGAAUAAAUGUCACAAAUGCGGAAAGCCGGUCUAUUUUGCUGAGCGAAAAAGUUCUCUUGGAAAAGAAUGGCAUCCAAGUUGUCUUCGGUGUGGCCAGUGUGAAAAGGUUUUAACUCCUGGUCAGCAUGCAGAGCAUAAAGGCCAUCCUUACUGCAAUAAAUGCUAUCAGGCCUUAUUUGGCCCACAGAUGUUUGGCUAUGGAUCAAAUGUAUUUUCACAAGCUAACUACCGGAGAAAUCAGGCAGUUCCCAUCAAAGAUAAAGCAACAAAGGAUCCACCAACGUUGCGGAAGAGUGGAAAUGUAGUUGCAGUCACACAUAGUGACACUGAGGACAAAAGUACAUCCACAGUUCCAGCAAACAUUCCCUUAAAAAAUGGACAUUCUUCUUCACAUAUGAAUAAAGAUGAUAUCGUUUCACCAAACAAUCAUUCUGGUGCCUCCUUUCUGGCCACCUGUUCUGCAACUAUCACAUCUUCGUCAUUGAACUAUUCAAAUUCAUUGCCUCACAGGACUCUUCCAGCCAAAAAUAAUACACUUCCAUCACCAGUAAAAAAUAAAGCCCUUUCCUCACCAAUCAAUCAUGGCACUUUCUCAUCCCCAGUUGUGUUGGACAAUGAAAGCUGCAGCUCAUUUUUUUCACUAAACAGUCAAGAUACACUUGUUGCACCCCUAACAUUAACUUCACAAAAAAUCAUUGGGACCCUUUCAUCUCCUCUUAAUUUGGAUACACUUACAUCACCAAUAAACUAUGGAACUCUGGCUAAAAUCUUUGAGAAUGGAAUUUUACAUAAUCAGGAUCAAGAAACAGAAGUUUGUCCAAGACAGAAAAUACUGGAACAAGUCCAGUCAUAUAAUGCUUUCUAUGAAGGCAAGAGAGGCUGUUUAACUAUGAAUCAGAUAAAUGGAGAAGAUGUAAUUGAAGGCCAGCUUCGAAUAUAUUGGCAAGUGACAAUACCUAUCCAGCUAAAACAGUGUGAUGAUGUUCCUGUACCUCCCAUUGCUUCUUGGAGACACAGUUACUAUGCUGCUAUUGGCAAUGGAUUUGAAGUUGACAAUUCAAACUUGAAGCCAUCAGAAUCUCCAUCAGCCUCUCCCAAGAAAUUUGGAUUUGAUGAUAGCCUAAUAAUUCCAAGUUCCGAUGGAGUAGUCCGGCGGCGGAAUAUACGCAAAUCUAACACAGUUGCCUACAGAGCUGACCGCCCAAACAAAUGGAAAAGAGCCUCCAUUAAUGGCCACAUCUAUAAUUAUGAUACUCGAGUGUUCACUCCAGUGAUUGGUAGCUGUACUAGUGUCACUGUGAACAACUCUAUGACCGUCCCACAUGUGAUUAGGACACUCCUUGAAAAAUUCAAGGUUGAGAAUGAUGCUGAAGAGUUUUCUCUGUAUGUAGUUACAGAAGCUGAAGGUGAAAGAGAAUUGCAAGACAAUGAUGUACCAUUGUUGGAACGACUUUCUCUGGGUCCAGAUGAAACUAAUGCCAAAAUUUUCAUUAGAGAAAAGGAUUUCCAAACAUCUGUUGUUGUUGAAGAGCCAGAGAGUUUGGAAGAGAAAACAUUAAAUUUGCCAGCAGAGGCUCAACACACUUUGGAUGCUGUAAAAAAAGGAACUUUUGAACUAAACAUUGUUGAACAAUUAAUGGCUCUUCCUGAUGGUGUACUGAAAGGUUUGCUUCAGAAAUUCAUGGAUGAUGAAGAAAAAGAUGUACAAAAAAUCAAAGAUAAGUACUCAAAGAUAAAGACUGUGCUGAACAAUUACCUUUCUUUAUCAGAAGAAACGACGACCAAUGCAGCUGCAACAGAAAAUUCAUGCUCGCCAUCAUUUUUUAAAACAAAAAAUUUGGAAGAUCCAUUAAAAACAAAACUUGAACAUUUCGGAACAUCAGUGAUAUGGCGCGGAAGACAGAAAACUGCAUUAAAUUCAGAUUUGAAGAAAGAAGCCUUGAUUUCCUUAAAUGUGGCAAUGGAUAUGUAUGCUCAGGGGAAAAAUGACAAAGCACUCAAGUUGUUCCAACAUGCAAUUGCACUUGAUCCAAAACAUGCUGAUAUUCUGAAUGAAUAUGGAGAAUUCAUUGAAAAAUAUAAAAAAGAUAUAGUGCUUGCAAACCAUCUUUAUUGCCAGGCUGUAAUUGCUAGUCCAACUCACAGCAAAGCCUUGGCUAAUAGUGAACGGACAUUACCACUUGUUGAGGAGAUUGAUCAAAACUAUUUCAACCUACAGUCAUUACUAACUACAUUCAUAUAUCUUUUUCUUUUCAUCAUCACAAAUGUGGUUGUAUAA